AUGGCUCAAAUGUUGAGCUUCAUGAAGGACAUUAAGGAUGAACAGGAAAGAGCUAGGGAAGCUCGGAAUCGGUAUGAGGAGACGCCAAACAAUGGCAAUCCACUGUUAGGAUAUGUUCGAGGCUUUGACCCUCAUAAGUCAAACACCCAUUCAUCAAAGAGGGUUACCAAAACCCAUGAAGAGGGAGAAGCCUCCCAUGAAGGAUUUAUUCCCGCCACUCAGAAAGAGGGGGCGCCUCGCACUGUUCGCAUCCCUGCUAACAAUCCACCCAAGGAUGAGGAUUAUGUAGAUUUACAAUAUGGGGAAGUGGACGAACCAAAUCAGGAGUCCCAACAUAAGCAAACCCAAGCUGAUUCUGAGGAAAGUGCUAGAAAUAGUGGACAAAUCAAGGCGCUGGAAGAAAGGUUGAAGGCAGUAGAAGGAUAUGAUACAAACCCUAUGCCUCGCCAUGAUGGCACAGUCAAUGCAAUAGAAGUAGUCACCGAGCAAGAGUUUGUUCAACAACGGAGCUCCCCCAUAGAUGCCCUUAAGAGGUAUCUAUAUGCAAAGGGGUUCAUCCUCGAACAUAACGAAGCCUUUAAGAUAACCCUGCAAAGACUUGUGAAUCAAGGGGUAGUUCAAUUUAAGGAAUAUCCUGAGGAAGAAUAUGUGGCCAUGCUAGACAGGAAUGAACCAUUGAUGAUACCUAGGCAAGGGGCAAGGAAGACAUUGAUCAUCCCUUGCGCCAAAGCACCGUUGCUGAUACCCACACAAGCACACACCAGAAUCAUCCCGGUCAGAGACCCAUACCCUAUGGACAAAAUGAAAGCAGUCCCUUGGGAAUAUGAGUCCAAUGCUAAUACCGACGUGACAAACAUCGUUGGGCCUGGGGGCAUGACCCGUAGCGGUCGCAUAUUCAAUACUGCAAAACCAAAUGAGAACCUGGCACAAGCAAGUGAUCAAACUACUGUGGUCCCUACUGAAAAAAGCACAUCCAAAGACAAAGAAACCACUAACAAAGAUGCUCAAGAGUUCUUGGCGUUGAUUAAGAAAAGUGAUUAUAAGGUAGUGGACCAGUUGCACCAAACUCCAUCCAGGAUAUCACUCCUCUCGCUGUUAAUACAUUCAGAAAAACAUCGAGACACCCUGAUGAAAAUCUUGAGCGCUGCCCACGUAACUAAGGACAUCACUGAAAACCAAUUCGAUGGAAUGGUGGCUAAUCUCACUGCUGGGGCAAGCCUAAGCUUUAGUGAUUAUGAGCUACCCCCACAAGGGAAAGAGCAUAACAAAGCCUUGCAUAUCUCUAUACAAUGCGGGAAAGCCCAUCUAUCUAGGGUUCUGAUCGACACAGGUUCGUCAUUAAAUGUGAUGCCAAAGGCCACCUUAGACAAGAUAGAUUUGGAAGGACUGGUAAUAAGACCAAGCCGUUUGGUGGUCAAAGCCUUCGAUGGGUCGCAAAGCCCGGUGUUUGGAGAAGUGGACCUCCCUGUGGUAAUAGGCCCCCGCACGUUUUGCAUCAAUUUCCAAGUGAUGGAGAUUGAACCUGCCUAUACAUGUUUAUUGGGACGUCCUUGGAUCCAUGCCGUUGGGGCAGUUACCUCUACUCUGCAUCAAAAGGUAAAAUUUGUGGAUGGAAACUCUAUAGUAGCCGUCAAUGGGGAGGAGGACAUAUUUGUCAGCAAUCUGGACUCAUACCGAUACAUUGAGGCUGGAGAAAAAGCAUUAGAGACUUCAUUCCAAGCGCUAGAGAUUGCCACUGCUGUCACGCUACCAAUUGAGAGAAUGCGAAGGGCGGUGACAUCCUGGAGAGACCUGCAAGACACAAAGAUGGAAGGCUGGGGCAAAGUUCCAGAAGUGCAAGAGAAAAGAGAUCGUCUGGGGUUAGGAUACCAACCAACAAAGAAGGCUGCACAGGAAGAGCAACGAUUCCCUCCGAUCGCACAAACUUUUGUACAGGUAGAUAUGAGCAUGUAUCCAUGA